UUCUGACACUAGUCCCUGCCGAUGAACUGAGUGCGGGUACUGUUUGCACGGCUGCACAGCGCUGGUUUUACGGCAGGGGGUGAAUACUGACGGUCUUGUUCCUGCUCCGUUGCUCGUUGAUCCCGAAGACUCGCUGCGUAGUGAUGGCGGCAGCCCGACCUUUCAAGCUGAUCGUGUUCGGCGCCUCCGGCUUCACCGGUCAGUACGUGGUGGAGGAAGUGGCCCGGGUGGCGGCCGGCUCCGAGGGGCCGGAGCCCCUGACCUGGGCGGUUGCCGGCAGGAACCGCGGCAAACUGGAGCAAGCGCUGCAGCGAGCGGCUGACGCCCUGGGAACUCCAGAAGUUAAAUCCACGGAAUGCAUAAUCUGUGAUAUAAAUGAUUCAUCCUCACUUGCUGCAAUGUGCCAGCAGGGAUCGGUGAUCCUCAACUGUGUAGGACCAUACAGGUUUUUUGGAGAGCCAGUGGUGAAGGCCUGUGUUGAAAAUGGAACUCACUGUGUUGACAUCAGUGGUGAACCUCAGUUUUUGGAAGGCAUGCAGCUAAAGUAUGACAAAGAAGCUGCUGAAAAAGGAGUAUAUGUGGUUGGAAGCUGUGGCUUUGAUUCUAUUCCAGCAGACAUGGGUGUACUUUACACCAGGGAUCAGUUGAAAGGUACUCUGACUGCUGUUGAAAGCUUCCUGGCAUUGGAGACAGGGCCAAAGGGCGCCAGUUUUCAUGAUGGAACAUGGCAGUCAGCAAUCCAUGGACUAUCAGAUCAAGCUGAACUGAGGAAACUAAGAAGACAGUUUGGCUUUCAACCUCUUCCAAUUAUUGGGACCAAACUAAGACGGAGAAAUGGAGUAUUUCAUAGUAACAGAAUGAACCAAUAUGCUAUUCCCUUCCUGGGAUCUGACCCCUCUGUAGUCAAACGCACACAGCGUUAUCUGUAUGAGAACUUGCAGGAAAAUCCUGUCCAGUAUGGUGGUUAUGUUACUGUAGGUGGAAUUGGGUCAGUCAUAAUGCUGAUGUUGGCUGGAUUCUUCUUCUGGUGUUUCACUAGGUGCAGAUUGGGAAGAAAUCUUAUGAUCAAAUAUCCAGAAUUUUUCUCGUUUGGGUAUUUUACAAAACAAGGACCAACCAAACAACAGAUGGAAGGGACAUCUUUCAGCUUUACUUUUUUUGGUGAGGGAUAUAAAGAAGGUCAAGAUCCUGAAGCAGGCAAACCUUCAGUGAAAAUCUGCACCCAAGUGAGAGGACCAGAACCCGGUUAUAUUGCUACCUCGAUGGCUAUGGUGCAGGCUGCUGUCACAAUUCUCUGGGAGCAAAAGUCUCUGCCAAAGCGGGGUGGGGUGUACACACCUGGAGCUGUAUUCUCAAAGACUACACUCACUGAAAGACUGAAUAAGCGUGGCAUUGAGUUCACUGUCAUCAGCAAGCCUGAAGCUUAAUUGUUCCAUUCAUUUGAAGUACUACAUAACUGUAAGAACUCAGUCUUGCUUUUACCACAAUAACAAGAUUGCACUCAGUAAGAAACCUUUAUUUGAACAAUUUUAACAGCAGUUUAUUUGCCCAUACUGUAGUAGAACUAUUAAGAGGAAUAAUUGGUUUCAGAAGCUUGUUCUUCGGGGUUUGGAAAAAUACUAUUUUUGUGUUUAUUUCUAAUGGCAAUUAAACAUAUUAACUGCAA